CAAUUGUGUGUAUUAUCUGUUUUGUUUUUCUUUUUCCGGCAUCCGUCGAAGUGAUCGUUCCUUUUAACGAUUGCUUUAGGUUUCCCGGCCGGCGAAUCAUGAACUCUGUUUCGAUUCUGUUAAUAGAUUCGUCCAGAUUGGUGUUUUUGGGGACGUUGUGCAAGAUUUCUGUUAGACCUGUAAAAAUUGAUAGAAGGAAGUGGUUUAUUUUCCUUGUUUCCUUCUCUUCUCAAAUCCAAACAUGAUAACUCCUUCUACAGAGUUGGAGGUCAACUGAAUAUCACACUCUAUCUGAAAGACACUGGUUUUCCCCAAGUCUGAUUAACUGUUAGACCCUUGUCUCUGCAAAUGCCUUUGGGAGUCUGGGUCCUUGGGCCAAUGCAAGAGUUCAAAUAUUUGCUUAUUCAAAAUACCUUCUUCCAUGAAGAUUAAAAUGUUUCAGGGAUAUGAUUUGACCACAAAAUUUGAAAUGAGCUCCUCUUGUCUUUCUGGCCUAUGCGUCUAAAUCCGGUGCAUCCUACGUCUGUCUUUGGAUGUUCACUUUCUGCCCAGAUGAGGAAAGAAUUCCCAGUAUAACGUCCAUGACUUUGAUUUGCUCUCAAUCAUCUCUUCCUAACCAAAUUUACCCAGAAUCCCUUGAUGUUACCUGCUUCUUUGUCCUAUUUUGUAUUUCAAGUAUUUCAGAAGCAAAGUUGUAUGAUCCAAUAACAAUUUCACUAAUCUCUUCAAAACAUCUAACUUAAGACAGAUUAAUUUUUGUUACAUAAUCAGGCAGCUCAGAAUGUGAGUGCUACCAUUUGAUACUGUGACAGAUUUGAUAAUUCUGAGACAUUUUGAUGUGAUAAAAUUUUCAAUACUACCAUGUCUGGCCGCAGUUGUGUGGGUUGAAAGUUAAAUUAGCAUUUUGAAAUCAAGCUUAUACUCAUUGCAGGUUACUAACAUCACCAAACUCGGAUCCUUGUUGGCAGUAUGGAUUCUCUCAUUUCAAGCAGGGGGAAGAUUCAAUCCGUGCCGGAAUCAUAUAUUUUACCACCAGAGACACGACCCAGUGUCCUAGUAACUCCUUUACUGAAGACCAUACCAGUGAUUGAUCUUGAAACACUGGGCCACCAUCGCAAUGAAUUAAUUCAGCAUAUCAUCAAAGCUAGCCAAGACUAUGGAUUCUUUCAGUUGACAAACCAUGGUGUCUCGGAGGAGUUAAUGAAUGAUGUACUGACGAUGGGAGCUGAAUUUUUUAAUUUGCCUGAAAAGGACAAGGCAAGAUACUACUCUGAGAGAUCCCAGUCUCCUGAGGUUUGUAGGCUUAAAACAAGCAAUGACUAUGCAGACGAGAAGGUCCAUUUCUGGAGAGAUAAUUUUCGGCACCCUUGCCACCCCCUGGAGGACUACAUCCAGCAUUGGCCUGAAAAUCCACCUCGGUACAGAGAGGUGGUUGGACGUUUUUCAGUUGAGGUGAGGAGGCUGUCCCUGCGGCUGUUGAAUUUAAUUUGUGAAGGAUUAGGUCUUGAACAGGGUUACUUUGAGGAAAGGUUCUGUCACGGUCAUCUUCUCUCUAUUAAUCACUACCCCCCAUGCCCCGAUCCAACCUCAGUCUUGGGAUUUACUAAACAUGCCGAUCCUUUCCUCAUCACCUUUCUUAACCAAGGCCAUGUACCUGGGCUGCAAGUCUUGAAAGACCGGGAAUGGCUGGGUAUUGAGCCCCUUCCCAAUGCAUUUGUGGUUAAUAUAAAUCACAUGUUACAGGUAAUCAGCAAUGGGAAGCUGAAGAGCCCUGAUCAUAGAGUCGUGACAAACUCAAAAGCUGCAAGAACAACAGUCGUUAGCUUCAUCCUUCCUUCUAGCGAUUGCCUAAUAGAGCCUCCAAAAUCACUGGUGAAUGAGCACAAUCCGGCAGUUUACAGAACUUUUAAAUUUGGAGAUUUUCUCAAAACUUUUUACUUGGAUGUUCGUGAAGGAAUUUGUAAAGUUUCUUCCCAUUUGAGGGAGGGCAGGACAUGCCAAUUUUCCAAAUAUGCAACCAUAUUAAACUCGACUUGUUUACCAUAACGAAUAAACUCGAAUGAAAUUUUUUCGAGUUGAACACCCAAACACUAAGUCACUCGCGAACAACUCCGUUCAUUUGCGACCCUAUUUUGAACUCCAACACUUCCCUUUGCCCCAUAUCUCCUUCACCUCUCUCUGUUUUUUCUAUGGAUAUGCACAAACAAGCUGAAGCAGCUAGCCUUCCAGUUAUUAUUGGGUUCUUUUUCACGGGUACUAAAGACUUGCAGUGCAUAGAAAUCACCCCUUUAGAGUGACUUGUAAGGAAAUUCCCUGUAUGCGCCUAGACAGGCCGGCUAGCUGCAGGUUAACCUGAAACAAAUGGAAUGCAGGAGAAGAUCAGCUUCUUAAAUUUCUUCAGCCAAAGAUCUUGAGCAAGGGCAUUAGUGUCAAACUGGGUUACCUGCAUUGUUUCAGAAUGAAGAUACAGGGGGAAAUUCUAUCGCGGACUCGAAAAAUUACUCUUCAUAACCCACGUCCCAUCAAAAUUUCUAAUAAUUUUAAAAUACCUAUUUUAUCCCCCCACAGCCAACCCUCUUCUUCGAUCACCUCUUAUCGCCGACCAUCAUCUUGCAUCUCUCUUUCCCUCCUGCAUCAUACACACACACAAACACACACACACAUAUAUAUA